CCGGCGUGGAACUCUCCUCCUCACUCUUCCACGCACCAUGAGUUACUCCGGCGAGAUGUACAGCAGCAGCAGCAGCAGCUCCUACCGCAAGAUCUUCGGCGAUGCACCGCGGUCGGGGCGCGUCGGUCUGGGCAGCCCGUCCCGGGUGCACUCCUCCGGGUACCGCAGCCGGACGUACGGCUCCCCCGCGGUGAUGUCCUCCUCCAGCGGCGGCUACCGCCGGAGCGCCGCGCCCGGGCAGCGGCUCUUCUCCAUGCAGGACUCCAUGCCGGACCUGAGCCAGUCCACGGCGGUGACCAACGAGCUGAAGAUCGUGCGCACCAACGAGAAGGAGCAGCUGCAGGGCCUCAACGACCGCUUCGUGUCGUUCAUCGAGAAGGUGCACCACCUGGAGCAGCAGAACAAGGUGCUGGAGGCGGAGGUGACGAUGCUCCGCCAGCGCCACAGCGAGCCCUCGCGCCUCCACGAGCUCUACGAGCAGGAGAUCCGCGAGCUGCGCGCGCGCGUGGAGGAGCUGACCCACGAGAAGAGCCAGGCGCACCUGGACUGCGUGCAGAUGAGCGAGGCGCUGGAGCGCCUGCGCGACAAGCUGGACGAGGAGGCGCGACUCCGCGAGGAGGCCGAGGGCGCCCUGAAGGGCUACCGCAAGGACGUGGACGACGCCACCCUGGCGCGCCUGGAGCUGGAGAAGAAGGUGGAGUCGCUGCUGGACGAGAUCGCCUUCCUGAGGAAGGUCCACGAGGAGGAGCUGCAGGAGAUGCAGUCGUCGAUGCAGGCCACGCAGGUGUCCGUGGAGAUGGACAUGAGCAAACCGGACCUGGCGGCGGCCCUGAAGGACAUCAGGGCCCAGUAUGAGAACCUAUCAUGCAGGAACCAGGCCCAGGCAGAGGAGUGGUACCGCUCCAAGUUCGCAACCGUGACGGAGGCCGCGGCACGCAACCAGGACGCCAUCAAGCACUCAAAGGAGGAGUUGACCGAGUACCGCCGGCAGGUGCAAGCCCGCACCUUGGAGAUCGAGGCCCUGAGGGGCCACAACGAGGCCCUGGAGAGGCAGAUUGCUGAGAUGGAGGACCGCCAUAACGGUGAAGUUGGAGACAUGCAGGACACCAUUGAGCAGCUGGAGGGGGCGCUGCGUAGCACCAAAGGAGAAAUGUCCCGCCACCUGCGGGAGUACCAGGAUCUGCUCAAUGUCAAGAUGGCUCUGGACAUUGAAAUUGCUGCUUACAGGAAGCUGCUGGAAGGCGAAGAGUGCCGCCUCAGCACCGUUGGCGGCGCCAUGGUCCAGUCCGGUUACCCGGGCUUCUCCUACAUGUCGUCCCGCACGUACUCCAUGGGCGCGUACAGGAAGUCCAAACCGGAGGAGGAGGAGGAGGAAGAAGACAAGGAGGACGAGGAUGACGGCGAGGAGGACGAGGGGGAGGACGAAGACGAGGGCGUGGACCAGGAGGGAGGUGACGGUGAGGAAGAGGAGGAAGACGAGGAGGAGGAGAAGAAGCCAAAAGAGAAGGAUGAGAAGGAGAAGGAGAAGAAAAGCCCAAAUGAGAAGACCAGCAAGAACUAAAGUGCUUAUGUAGCUUCACCAGCAUCACCACUUCCCAUUGUACAUGCGUGUAUAACAUGGUUGCAUCAUCCGCACACACACACACACACACACACACACACACACACACACACACACACACACACACACACACACACACGCUCUUGCAAAUGGCUGAAUCAGCGCAAAGGAUUGAUCCAGGGGUGUCAAAAGGAAAAUCUAUUCCCAAGUGGGCCGGAAUGGUAAAAUCAUGGCAUGAUAACUGAAAAAUAAAGACAACUCCAGGUUGUUUUCUUUGUUUUACUCUGGCCAAAAAAAUAGAACAAGUACAUUCUGAAAACGUACAAAUCACAAAAUAACCCUCUGGACAAAAAAAACUUCCAAGUUUGUUGAAAAUUCUGAGGAAAUUGGUGCAGAUUCAAAAAACACCAUGAGUUUGGACUUGGUCUCAGCCGGAAAUUAAACUUUAACUCACAGUCUUUCUGGGAUUGAACAAAAAACACGACAUGUAAACUCUUCGAGGUAUCAAAUAGACCAUGCGUAGACCAGUGUUUUUCAACCACUGUGCUGAGGCACACUAGUGUGCCGUGAGAUACAGUCUGGGUGCCGUGGAAGAUUGUCUAAUUUCACCUAUUUGGGUUAAAAAUAUUUUUUGCAAACCAGUAAUUAUAAUCUACAAAUUAUGUGUUAAUGUUGAGUGUCGGUGCUGUCUAGAGCUCGGCAGAGUAACCGUGUAAUACUCUUCCAUAUCAGUAGGUGGCAGCCGGUAGCUAAUUGCUUUGUAGAUGUGGGAAACAGCGGAAGGCAGGGUGCAGGUAAAAGGUGUCUAAUGCUUAAACCAAAAAUAAACAAAAGGUGAGUGCCCCUAAGAAAAGGCAUUGAAGCUUAGGGAAGGCUAUGCAGAAUGGAACUAAAACUGAACUGGCUACAAAGUAAACAAAAACAGAAUGCUGGACGACAGCAAAGACUUACUGUGGAGCUAAGACGGCGUCUACAAAGUACAUCCGAACAUGAUGUGACAAUCAACAAUGUCCCCACAAAGAAGGAUAAAAACAACUGAAAUAUUCUCGAUUGCUAAAACAAAGUAGAUGCGGGAAAUAUCGCUCAAAGGAAGACAUGAAACUGCUACAGGAAAAUACCAAGAAAGAGAAAAAGCCACCAAAAUAGGAGCGCAAGACAAGAACUAAAACACUACACACAGGAAAACACCAAAAACUCAAAAGAAGUCAGGGCGUGAUGUGACAGGUGGUGACAGUACACCUACUUUGAGACAAGAGCUAUAUUGAUGCAUGCUUGGUUAUGGUUUAAAGUCAUAUCCAACAAUUGCGACAACGACUUUUUACUGUCAACUGAGUUUCGUUUUUGAACGAUUUCUGCUGGUGGUGUGCCUCCGCAUUUUUUCAACGCAAAAAAUGUGCCUUGGCUCAAAAAAGGUUGAAAAACAUUGGCGUAGACCAUGC